UCUUCUUGUAUUCAACAAUCCAAAGGCUCGUUUCAUUGCGUAGUGUCCAAGAUGGAUAUCCGCCGCCGACCUCCCCCUCCCACCUCCCCCGACCAUGCUCGACCCCAACAUCAUCUGCACAAGAACCAAUCCUCCGCCGUCGUCGAUCAUACGUUACCCUCCCCCACUCCCAAGGCAUCCGACGCCCUUCCGCUUCCUCUCUACCUCACCAACGCGGUUUUCUUUACCCUCUUCUUCUCCGUUGCUUACUAUCUGCUUCACCGGUGGCGUGACAAGAUCCGGAACUCUACGCCCCUCCACGUCGUUACGCUUUCCGAAAUUAUCGCCCUUGUCUCACUGAUCGCCUCCUUCAUCUACCUUCUCGGCUUUUUCGGCAUUGGCUUCGUCCAGUGCUUCAUCUCACGCGCCUCUCACGACACUUGGGACCUUGAAGAUGAUGUCAUGGAGCCUCCUCAACAGAGCUUCCGCGACCACCGCCUCGUCACCUGCCCUCCUCCCAAAUUGAUCCAGCCUGACCCGCUUGUUUCCACGGGGGACGAAGAAAUAGUCGAAUCUGUUAGAAGCGGUGCGAUUCCGUCUUACUCACUCGAAUCGAAACUGGGGGACUGCAAGAGAGCGGCUGGAAUUCGAAGAGAGGCGUUACAGAGGAUGACAGGGAGGUCACUGCAGGGGCUGCCUCUUGAGGGAUUCGACUACGACUCUAUAUUGGGGCAGUGCUGCGAAAUGCCGGUGGGGUACGUCCAGAUUCCAGUCGGGAUUGCCGGACCGUUGCUUCUGGAUGGUUUUGAGUACUCUGUCCCCAUGGCAACCACGGAGGGUUGUUUGGUUGCCAGCACCAACAGAGGAUGCAAGGCCAUCUAUGCAUCGGGUGGGGCAACGAGCACGGUCUUCAGGGAUGGGAUGACAAGAGCACCUGUUGUGAGAUUCGCGUCGGCCAAGAGAGCGUCGGAGUUGAAAUUCUUCUUGGAGAAUCGUGCGAAUUUUGAUACCCUGGCUGUCGUUUUUAACAGAUCAAGUAGAUUUGCCAGGCUAAAAUGCAUUCAAUGCUCGAUUGCGGGAAAGAAUUUGUACAUAAGAUUUACCUGUAGUACAGGCGAUGCAAUGGGGAUGAAUAUGGUGUCAAAAGGGGUUCAGAAUGUCCUCGAAUUCCUCCGGGAUGAUUUUCCUGACAUGGAUGUAAUCGGCAUCUCAGGCAACUUCUGUUCCGACAAGAAACCUGCUGCAGUAAACUGGAUUGAAGGGCGAGGGAAAUCAGUGGUCUGUGAGGCAAUAAUUAAGGAAGAUGUGGUGCAAAAGGUUUUGAAAACCAGUGUUGCUGCACUUGUUGAGCUCAACAUGCUCAAGAAUCUUGUAGGUUCAGCUGUUGCUGGUGCUCUUGGUGGAUUUAAUGCCCAUGCCGGAAACAUUGUCUCUGCAAUCUUUAUUGCAACUGGCCAGGACCCAGCACAAAAUGUUGAGAGUUCCCACUGUAUUACCAUGAUGGAAGCUGUCAACAAUGGCAAGGAUCUUCACAUCUCGGUCUCUAUGCCUUCCAUUGAGGUAGGCACAGUCGGGGGUGGGACUCAACUUGCUUCUCAAUCUGCUUGUUUGAAUCUUCUUGGGGUAAAGGGUGCGAGCAAAGACUUACCUGGAUCUAACUCAAGGCUCUUGGCCACCAUUGUGGCUGGUUCAGUACUGGCAGGGGAACUUUCCUUGAUGUCUGCCAUCGCAGCGGGUCAGCUCGUCAAGAGUCACAUGAAAUACAACAGAUCUAGCAAAGAUGUAUCCAAGGCUACAUCAUAAAAUUAUGAGUGCUGGCCCAUCCAUUUAACUAAAUUAGAAAUAAGAAUUAAGAUCGAAGAGGUCAAGAGGAAAGCUAGACACAAGGUGGGGUCCAGAAAGUGAAAAUGUCCAGGCUGCGUCUCCCACGUGAAUUGCUUGGCUAACUUAGCUGUCAAGGUUUCCUGAUAGAAGACGCAGGUUAAGAGAAGCGUGACCUUAUAUUUUAUGGAUUGUCGGUGCAUCUUCAAAGUGUAUGGCCACCCAAGUCUUUGGCUUAUAUAUGUAUCUUGUCCUUUUCCUCUCUCAAUUUGUUUUUAGCUUCUGUUAUCUGUUUGUGGGUUGGGACCCAGGCAUUGGUUGUUGUUUUCAUCUUGUGCAUGUUUAACAAUGCAAUGGCUAAAGCUCUAAAUUGUGGAAUUUUAAGUAGAAUUUCUAAAGAAAUUACUACAUCUUGU